AUGGCAAGUGCACUGAAGAAUAUCAUCGUCGUUGGCGGAUCCUACGUCGGCAAAGGCACAGCUCAGGAGCUGGCACGUCUCGUCCCUGAGACACAUAGGGUCCUCUUAAUCGAACCUCACAGUCACUUCCACCAUCUCUUUACGUUUGUAAGCAGUCCCGUCACUCGCCACGAUGUACUAUCGGCUUAUCAUCUCACCAUUCAGCCCCGAUUCGCCAUAGUGCCUGGACAAGAACAUAAAGCAUUCAUUCCGUACAGCGGCAUUUUUGCAUCAAUACCCAAUUCUCUUCGCCAUGCCGUCGUUCAAGCUCGCGUCUUAUCGGUUUCCCCGCAACAUGUGAAGCUGGACCGAGACUGGCAUGGAUCGUCCCAGAUUCCAUUUGAAUACCUUGUCGUCGCUACGGGGACCCGCCUGGCGGAACCGGCAGGGAUGCGACACGAUGACAAGCUGUCUUCGGUGGCCUACCUACAGAGACACCAGAACGAUGUAAAGCGGGCGAAGUCCAUUCUCAUCGGCGGUGGUGGCGCCGUAGGCGUUCAGAUGGCAACAGACCUCAAAGAGUACUAUCCGGACAAGGACAUCACUGUUGUCCAGUCGCGCCCCCAGCUGAUGCCGGGAUUUCACAGCAAUCUCCACGAUUUGAUCAAAGCUCGCUUCGAGGAGCUGGGUAUCAAAUUGAUCACCGGUGCUCGAGUCGUCGUCCCUAGGGGGGGUGUGCCCGCUAAUGGUGGCUCAUUCGAUGUUCAGCUCACGAACGGAUCCCAAGUCACAACGGACUUUGUGAUCCUUGCGACAGGCCAGACACCGAACAACAGUCUACUCAAUGACCUGGCUUCUUCGUCCGCCGAAUCACUUAUCAAUACCGACAACGGAUUUAUUAGGAUUAAACCCACAAUGCAGUUCCAAGAUCCACAGUACCCGAAUCUAUUCGCCGUCGGCGACAUUGCCGACACUGGCCUCAGGAAGGCGGCAAGACCAGGAUCUGCGCAGGCCGGAGUUGUGGCACGAAACAUCCAAGCAAUGAUUGAAGGGCGGAAACCCGAGGAAACCUACCCUAGAAUGCCUGCAGCAAUUCAUCUGACGUUGGGAAUGAAAUACAAUGUCGUCUUUCGGAAUCCAAACGAGGCCGAGGGACAAACUGAACCGACUAUUAUUCCAAGGGUCGACGGCCAGGAAGAUAUGAACGUCGAAGGGAUGUGGGAGAGGUUUGGAGUCAAAAUUGAUAGCGCUAAUCAGUAUCAUCUGUAA